UUAGGUUCUUCUCCUUAAUGGGCUUCAACGAGUCCUGUGAAGCAGGCGUGAGGUUGCGACCGGUGGCUUACCCGAUGCGCUCGAACAGCUACCACCGGCUGGUCUCCUACACCAAACACUUGGCGGCCGAGGCGAAGCAGGGCAGGCACCAUGAGGCCCUCGACCUGUUCGCCCAAAUGUUCGCCUCUCCCGACCUCGCCCUCGACCCCUUCGUCUUCUCCCUCGCGCUCAAGUCGGCCGCCGUCCUCCGGCUUCCCCUCACCGUCCGCGCCGUCCACGCUCACGCCGUCAAGUCCGGCCUGCUCCACGACCCCUAUGUCGCGUCCUCGCUCGUCGACUCCUACGGGAAGUGCGCCUCGCUCGUCCACGCGAGGAAGUUGUUCGACGAUUGCACCCAGCGGAACGCUGUUGUGUGGAACGCCUUGAUCUCGCUCUACUGUCGCUCGGGUGACGUCCCCAGCGCGCUACGGCUGUUCGAGCUCAUGGACGUGCCCCCGACCGCGUCGUCCUACAACUCGGUUAUCGCGGCCAUCGCGGAGUUCGGCGGAGGUUCAGGUUCGUCUCGAGCCAUCGAGUUGUGUAGGAAGAUGCAGGUCGCUGGCAUUAAGCCCAACCUAAUCACAACUUUGGCUUUGUUCCCUGCUUGCGUUGGCACUGGAGCGUUGAAUUCGAUCAAAGAGAUUCAUGGCUUUGCUCUUAGGAAUCACAUUCAGCCAAAUUCGCAGUUUGAUAGCGGGCUGGUUGAAGCUUAUGGGCGUGGCGGCUGCUUACCCUAUGCAAGUUGUGUUUUCGAUGAAAUGGAGGAAAGGGAUGUAGUCUCGUGGAGCUCCAUGUUGUCAGUUUAUGCAUUUCAUGGCCAUGCUAACAGAGCGAUGUCAGUGCUCAAAGAAAUGGAAUUGGAUAACAUUCGGCCGGAUGGGAUCAUGUUCCUCAGCGUACUGAAAGCGUGCAGUCAUGCUGGACUGGCGGAUGAUGCGUUGAAGUAUUUUGACAUCAUGACUAAGGUGUAUGGACUCGACGCAGGCAGUGAUCACUACUCGUGUUUGGUGGAUGUAUUGAGUCGAGCAGGUUGGUUGAAAGAGGCGUACGAGGUCAUCAGGGGGAUGCCGAUGAAGGCGACCCCUAAGGCCUGGGGGGCGCUUCUUGGAGCUUGCCGUAGCUAUGGUGAGGUCAGACUCGCUGAGAUUGCCGCAAAAGUGCUGUUUGAGAUCGAGCCAGAGAAUGCAGGCAAUUUUGUGUUGCUUGCAAGCAUAUAUGCAGGCGCAGGGAAAUUUGAAGAGGCCGAGAGAGUGAGGAUGGUGAUGGAGGGAAGGGGUGUGUCGCUGAACCCAGGCGGUAGUUGGGUUGUACCUCAUAGGUCUUGAUUUUGCAGAGCAGUGGCUUAACAUGGAAGUCUGGUUUCAACUUUCAACUCUGGAGGAGGGCUCUUGAAGAGGUGUGUUUCUCCAAUACCAGUAUCAUUCACUGUUCUUUGUUGCUGUUUCUGUGGCUAUCAUCCGAAUCUAUCCUAAAUCUUCUUAACCAA